AUGAACGCCAUAGCAACUGCUGCAGUUCUCUCCCUCCCAUUCUCCUUCUCUAGAUCAUCCAAGCUUGACACAAAAAGGGGGUUGAAAGACCGGUUUAGACUGUUUGCUGUAUAUGGAGAGGAGAUGGAUAAGAAGAAUGCAUGGAGUGCGCUCUUUGAUGUGGAAGAUCCAAGAUCGAAAGUGCCACAGAAUAAGGGAAAGUUUUUGGAUGUAUAUCAGGCCCUUGAAGUGGCAAGAUAUGAUAUUCAAUACUGUGAUUGGCGAGCUCGCCAAGACUUGCUUACCAUCAUGCUUCUCCAUGAAAAGGUGGUGGAAGUUCUUAAUCCUUUAGCUCGUGAUUAUAAGUCCAUUGGCACCAUGAAAAAGGAGCUAGCGGAGUUGCAGGAAGAAUUAGCACAAGCACAUAGACAGGUUCAUAUAUCUGAGGCAAGAGUUUCCACUGCUCUAGAUAAACUAGCUUACAUGGAAGAACUGGUAAAUGAUAAGUUGUUGCAAGAAAGAGGCACAACUGAAGUUUCCCAGACAUCCUCUUCCCCCAGUACUUCUUUUAAAUCUGUAGAUGUAGAAAAGAGAAGACUGCAACGGAAAGGCUUGGAUGUAUCAGGUCCAGUUCAGUCAUACCAUCCCCACUUGAAGAAUUUCUGGUAUCCUGUAGCUUUCUCGAAUGACUUGAAGGAUGAUACAAUGAUUCCAAUAGAGUGUUUCGAGGAACCGUGGGUCAUUUUUAGAGGGAAAGAUGGGAAGCCCGGAUGUGUUCAGAACACUUGUGCACACAGAGCAUGUCCUCUGCACCUUGGUUCUGUGAACGAGGGUCGUAUCCAAUGCCCUUACCAUGGCUGGGAAUACACUACGGACGGAAAAUGUGAGAAAAUGCCAUCUACUCGACUGCUAAAUGUGAAGAUAAAGUCAGUGCCAUGUUUUGAAAAGGAGGGGAUGAUCUGGAUUUGGCCUGGCAAUGAUCCCCCAACAGCUACACUGCCAUCUUUGCUACCUCCAUCUGGGUUUAUAGUACAUGCUGAGAUUGUUAUGGAGCUUCCUAUCGAACAUGGUUUGCUUUUGGACAACCUUUUGGAUCUUGCACAUGCCCCUUUUACUCACACUUCAACAUUUGCCAAGGGAUGGAGUGUUCCCAGCCUGGUGAAAUUUUUGACACCUGCAUCUGGCCUACAAGGAUACUGGGACCCCUAUCCAAUUGAUAUGGAGUUUCGGCCACCUUGCAUGGUUCUAUCAACCAUUGGAAUUUCAAAGCCUGGUAAACUGGAAGGACAAAGCACAAGUCAGUGUGCCACACACCUGCAUCAACUUCAUGUUUGCUUACCAUCUUCAAAACAAAAAACAAGAUUGUUAUACAGAAUGUCACUGGAUUUCGCCCCUGUGCUUAAGCAUAUUCCUCUUAUGCAGCAUCUAUGGAGAUAUUUUGCAGAACAGGUUUUAAACGAGGAUCUACGGCUAGUGUUGGGCCAACAAGAGCGAAUGAACAAUGGUGCAAAUGUGUGGAAUUUCCCAGUAUCCUAUGACAAGCUUGGUGUAAGGUACAGACUAUGGAGAAAUGCCUUGGAGCGAGGAGAUAAGCAACCACCCUUCAGCAAAUAG